AUGGAUACUCAAGGCUACUCAAAUUGAAGAAUUCAGCGAUCGAUUGACUCUUUUAGUAAUACUUUAUCUACUUACCAGCUUAAAGCAGGGUUAAAUUACACUGGCUUAAAAACUGUUGUUUCUUUCCCCCAAAAUUAUUUGCAACUGCUUAUAGAUCCUUUGCUUUUAUACCCAACUUUAAAAAGCAACUCAGAUAUUUCUCCAGAUCCUCGAUCCACAAUAAAAUCUAUUGAACUUAUUUUUACAAAUGAAAUAGAUAUAAAUAACGCUCUGCAAAUCUUAGCUCAGACAAGCCCAUUUAAUCAGCAUAAUUCUCAAAAUUCAAAAGGCAGGGUAAAUUUUAAAUAGAUAGAAGACGUUCCCCUUAAUUCAUUUGAGCAAGAAUCUCAACUCAGCGUUUAUGCGAACUCAAAUAUUUUGAAUUUGUCCGGCUUAAAUAAUCAACUAUUUGACAAUGCCUCAUUAUCAAGCCAAUAUGGAUCUUCUAGCGAGGAUAAGCAGAUAAUUGACACUGAUACUUUUGACAAAGAAGCAAUAGAGCAAAUUCAUAGGGAUUUUGAAGAAAAAAUUGAAGAAAAAAAUAUAGAGUUUUCCUCAAGAAGCUCGCUUACUUCAAUUCUCGCCAGAUCUAUAAUUGACACAAAUGCAAGGGGAUCGCUGCUUAAUAUGAGAUUAUCAACCGUAAUAAACCAAGAAAUCUCAGAAGAUGAAUCCUUCAAAGGAAAAUUUGGGGAUAGCGAAAUUGAAUGAGACAUUCGAGGAUCUUGCCCAUUUAGAGGGGCCAGCGAGUUAUCAUUGAUCCAAAAAUUCGGCCUAAGUCCACAAAUAACAGAAGAAGAGAGGUUUGAGACUGAUGAAUCUUGCUUUUCAUUCCCAGAUGAAGGUAAACCUCAAGUCAUAAAAUGCUACUCUGUUAGAUGUUCCGCAUCAAAAAAUAUUUUAAACCAGUUUCAUAGCAAACCUUCAAUAGUAAAACUCCAACAAAAAUUGAUAGCAAGCUCUUCUAUUUCUGUCUCAGAGUUUAUAGAAACUAUAGAAACUGAGCCUGGCAUCAAAUGGCCUGACCCUUAUUCUCCACUACUAAAAAAAGCUGUAAUUUGUGCAUCAAAAGAUAUUUCGUUUAGCGAAGAACAAACAGAAGCCCUGAAUACUUUAGAAAUAAUUUCUUCUGUGUGCUUCUCUGGCUUUAACUCUUCGUUAAAUCUAGAAUUCUCAUAUCUAGAAGAUCAAAACAAAGUAUCAGCAGAUAAUAAAUUAAAAUCUAGCAACCGACCUUUGCUAUUUUCUGAAAAAAUCACCAAAAGUAUAGCGAUUUCUGAAGUUUGCUGAAUUUCUUGUGGAUUUGAACACUGUGCGCUUGUAACAACUGAAGGAAAAGUGAUGAGUUGAGGUUAUGGGGCUUCUGGCUGUUUAGGCCAAGGAAGCACAAAUUCUUACCCUUUUCCAAAACUCAUAAGAGAUUUAUCUGGAGAAAUUAUUGUAUAUGUAGAGUGUGGAGGAUACCAUACAGUAGCUUUAACUGACAAUGGCGAUGUAUACACAUGAGGACGAGGGGACGCAAAUCAGCUAGGAGUUCCUUCAACAAGCCUUUAUAGAGAUGAGCUUGGAUAUGUAUCACUUCGGCCUACCAAAUUAGAGUAUUUUACUAACCAAGAUAUAUUUAUUAAAUCAGCUGCAUGUGGAGAAGCCCAUACUUUACUAUUAGAUACAUUAGGAUGCAUUUAUGCAUUUGGCUGAGCAGAAGACGGUCAAUUAGGUAUUUCUGAUGAAAAUAUAACAAGCGAUUAUAUGAGCAAAGAAAUUACACAAGUAAAUAGCUUAAGCGGGAUUUUUGUAACUCAAAUCUCAGCUGGGGCAAACUUUUCAGCUUGCUUAACUGAAGAUGGAAAAGUUUUUGUAUGGGGAAGUGGAGAGCAUGGACAGUUAGGCAUUGAAAAUUCAGAAAAUUUGAAGCAAAAAAAUCCAACUAUGGUAGAAGCAUUAAAUAAUGAAAUUAUAGUGAGUAUUGUGUGUGGAGAAAACCAUGUGAUCUGCCUCAGCGAUAAUAAUAAAAUCUUUGGCUGGGGAUUAGGAAAAGCUGGAGCUUUCCCGAAUCUUGAAGGAGGGUUUACACCUGGGUCUGAUUUAAUCUGCCAUGUCCCAAAAAUAAUCCCAACUUUGGAUAAUACUCAGUAUUUUGUUGUAAAAUCAUGCAAAGAAGCAUCAGAGUUAACAUCAAAAAAUGAAGAGUAUGCUAAUUUAGCCUUGGCUCUUGCUCAAAAAUUGAAGCACUUGCAAAUGGAAGAUGAUUAA